AUGAAAUGGAGCGCUCCAUCAAUAGCGGAUAAGGGUGAUGUCACUGGGAACACGAUUCCGGCGGAAGUUCGGCGAACUCCGAGUACUGCUGUGCACUACCAUUGUACCAACGCUUUCGAUUUUCCGCCAAUGAUUGACUCCCAUCCAAUAACGAACCUGCUUCUCUAA